CUGUUUCGUCAGCGAACACAUCAAAGACGCCGUGAGUCUCGGCAUUGUCAUGAAGUCGGCGCCACUGCCGCCCGAUGUGGCCAAAUACCUGAGCGGACAGUUGGUGAUCGUGUUGAAUCACUUGCACGCGAAUGGUGUGCUCCAUAGGAGUCUGUCGCCCGACUGUAUGCUCGUUGAGAAAAGUGGUCGCUUGAGGCUAUGCGACUUUGAGUCGGCCAAACUGUGCGAGUUCAGUUGCCACCCGUUUGGCGAUUGCAGUUAUUUGGCCCCGGAGAUUAUUCAGGGCAAGGAGUACGGAAAGGAGGCCGACUGGUGGGCGUUCGGUGUCAUACUCGUGGAGAUGCUGAUGGGAAAUACACCCCUCGAUAUAUUUUGUGAUAAAAGACAUAUAACGGAUGACUGUGACAUCGAUACGGAAUUUUUAUUACGA